AUGUCGCUACUUCAACUCCCCGUUGAACUGCUACUGCAGGUAUCUUCGUAUCUAGAAUUUGUUUCCGAUCUCGGAUCCCUCUAUCAAUGUCAUUCUCUUCUGUAUAAUUUGUUAAAAGACAGAGUCGACAAACUUCUCAAGACGGAGCAGUCUCUCCAACUUCUGGCAUGGGCUGCAGCGAAUGGAAAGGAAAUGUGUGUGCGCAAGCUGCUAAACGCAGGUACGUUGCCUAAUGAUUCGUUCACCAGGGACAAUGAGACCGGCUGGUGCAGGCAGUGCGAUGAUCCUAUGACAAUAGCUGCAAAGCGUGGUCAUGUUGAUGUUGUCCGAAUGUUCCUCGACUACGGAAGAGACCCGACUCCAGCGAUCAACGAAAAAAGCAUCAUGUUCUCCAUUGAUAUUACUUGCCUUGUUCGCUUCGGAAACCCAUUGUCUGUCGCAGUGCUAGAGGGUCAUAUUUCAGUUGUCAGUCUCUUAAUUGAACGUGGAUUUAUCAAACGCUGUGCAGAACCCCGGGAAAAAAAGAGGUGGUGCAACCUAUCAUUAUGCUUGGCAGUGAUGAAGGGGCAUAUUCCUAUCAUCAAACUUCUGCUUGCAGGAGGUUGUGAUCCUAAUAGUUGUUGGUCUGGGAAGGCCCCUUUGGAUUAUCUUGCCUCAAUCCCUGCUACAAGCACGACUAUGGAAAUCAUCCGUCUUUUGGUUGAUGCGGGGGCUAAUCUCUGGUCCAAGUGUUCAGGUCAAUAUGCAUUCUCACUUGCCUUGGAAACCGGCAAUGAGCCGUUCAUUUAUUACGCCUUCGAACAAGCCAUUGUUUUUGAUACCGAGGCCAUUCUGAAUAUGGUUGACGAGGUAGCCGGAGAGCACAACAUAUUAGCGUCUUUCCUCCUGAAGAAGAUUGAUUUAGACCACACAAUCAAUUUUAGCAGAGGUGCACGAUCUAAGCUUCUGUGUGGCGCGGUAUCUGGCGGCUUCGAGGAUCUGAUGAAGAGACUACGAUUAGCGUGGAACACUGUCUUCGAAGACUGGACUUGUGAAUGUGGGCAUAGAGAUUUAAUGGCUCUCGCUAUUGCAUCUGGCCAUAUCGGAAUGAUAGAGUUGUUGCUCAAAUAUGGCGGAUCUCUUACGGAAGCCGUGUCUUAUCCUGCAAUCAUUGUGGAGAAAGACACAGAUGGAAACUGGGACUUCGAUCUUUGCCCUCCUUCAAUGAUUGUUGCACUUGACCGAGGCCAUGAUGAUGUCGUGAAGUACCUCAUUAACAAGGGCUUUGAUGUCGUAUUUGCGUCAGAACAUGGGAAUGCCCUUUUUAACAGAGCACUUUAUCUAGGCAAAGUGGAGAUCCUCCAAAUGCUUUUCGAGAGUUCUAGUCCAUCAAUCGAAGAUAUAGCGUUGUCAAAUGAUGGCCUGUCGAUUCAGCUCGCAGUCUUAGGAGGAGAAGCCGUCUUCAAAUUACUCCUCGAGCAUGGAGUACAACUACAACCGGGCUAUGUUGAACACGACCGCGCAUUUGUAUGCGCUGCUUUGUUAGCUAAUGUGCCUAUCUUGAAGAUAUUUUUGGAUGCUGGUUUCAGCCUGGAGGCGCAGGGUUUAAACUAUGGCACAUUCGGCCUGGAAUUGACGCUCGAUGAAAACAGAGGUGUCACACUUCUCGCUCUCGCGGCUCAGGCGAAAGAUCGAAAUGCCGCGGAAGCUGCAGUUGAUCUUUUGCUAGAACAUGGCGUGCAGGUCAACCAACUAACUGGCUCUUGCAAUCACACGCCUCUGCUCUGCACAGUCUCGGGAGUAGCUAGAAAAAACGUUGGCGCUACUAAAUAUUUCGUCGAAGAAAUAACCAAGACCAAGGCGGACGCACACGAUUUUGAGCGAGAACGAAACUUUAACGAAACUAGUGACUACGAAUUACUGGCAACAAAGCUUCUAUUAGAGAAAGGGGCCGAUCCUCUAUUUAUGAACAGAAGUGGGAAGUCUGCCUUGACCGCGGCCGCGGCUGCAUGCAGAAAUGAUAUUGAAACGGUCAAAAUGCUGCUGGAAUAUGUUGAUCCAAACGUUCCGAUCAGUGCAAUAAAGUCUCAUAUAUUGGCAGCGACGGCCCCGUUUGACGAUUCUCGUGGCUCUAGUUGGGAAAAGAAAAGACCCUCUUUGGCCAUGCAAAAGACCCUCUGGCAUUAUUAUUGGCGCAAGGUCUACCCUUGUCCUAAUGAAUAG